UGCGUAAACAUGCCUCGCGCGGUGGUAUCGUGGAGUGCGCGAUACUUGGGAUUUAGUCUGCGACACGGGAUUACCGCGGCUUGACUCGCGGAGCAGUCCGACUCACGGGAAGAGCGGUGAGGAAUUAAAUACGUCGGUCGCGUCUAUGUUGUUGUUCGCUGUGUGUUCCGCUCAUUCCAUUUCCCGUGUCAUCGCGAGUGCGCGCGCGCGCGCGUUUGUCUGGACCCGCGAAACGAUCGUCCGGCGCGAUGGUGCCGUAUAUCGAUACCCGUCGUCGUAGUCGUCGGCGGCAGUAGUGGGUCGCCUGUGCGGAUUGUGCGAGCGAGGAAAAGGCGAACGAGCGAGCGAAGAGGAAGUAGUGCGUAAGGAGCGAGCGCCAACACGUUACGACGAGAGACGGUUUCCCUCGAAGAAAAAGGAGGAGAAAGAAGGAUCGAGAGAUCGGUGCACAGGACGUCGUCGUUAAAGUGCUAUGUGGGACGUCGCGACGCAGCGAGACCUCGUCGUCGCCGCGAUACGAACGUCGCGGAAUGGGGCCCGUUGAUCGGGUCCGAAGGAGCAGCAACAGCAACGGAACUCGACCAUCGACAACAACAACAACGACGGCGGCAUGGACGUCAUCGUGGACGGGGACGAGCAGACCCUUCAGGCGAUUCUCGGUCGUAAUGAUUUCGUCGGGGGGAUAGACAACGAGGCCUUGGAUUUUUCGCAAUUGGAGGACUUUAUUAACAGCGACAGUGAACAACCUGCAACAUAUUUUGCGGACACUCUUGCCCACAACGAAAAUGGGGGUGGAACGACGUCUCACAACGGCCGCAUCGAACCACCGACCUCGCAACCGGUCGGACAGCAGCAGCCACCGCCGCGAUUACCCUCGCCGCAGAUGACGCAGGCUCAUCCAGUCUCGAUAGCGUGCGCUUCCGGUACCACGACGGUGCCUAAUAACAACGGCAGCUAUAAAGACCCGCAGUCGUAUGUUCACCCACACGCGUUGCCGGAAAGUCCACCGGACAGCGGAAGCGAGCCACCGUAUUCACCGCCAGGACAUAAUGACACUCAGCACGUGCAUUCGCCACAUCAAAAAGCUGCCUUGCAGGAGAUACUUUUGCAUCACCAGAGCAACCAGUACCCGUCGAAUUUGUUGCCGCCGUCCCCGAGAGCGUUGCCUGCGACAACAGAUCCUCUACUGUUAACACCGGUCUUGACGCCCCAUCUGACAUCGGGAACGACGAAUAUCUCGACGCAGCCUCAGAUAGGACCGUCUUUGGUACAGUUGUCGCACGAGCAUAGUCCACCCGGCAUCAACACCCUCUAUUCCUCCCUGCAAUCGGCUCCAAAAAAGAGAAAACUCAGUCAGGAUGGUCUCAUUCACGUUAAACAGGAACCUGAAUUGGGUACUGUGGAACACAGCUGUAGUAGCAGCAGUGCGGUACUCGAUGGCGACGAAGUCGCCGACAGUAAUUAUAUCGACGCUAGUUAUCAGUGCAUUCGGUUCCACCCUUUCCAACAGACAUCCUGGCACGUUCUUUGCGAUCACAAUCUCAAAGAGUUACCGGUACCGCAUUACAGGGUGGACGCCGACAAAGGUUUUAAUUUUAGCAAUUCGGACGACGCAUUCGUCUGUCAGAAAAAGAAUCAUUUCCAGAUAACGUGUCACGCGCAACUUCAAGGAGAGGCUGUGUUCGUUCGAACUGGCGAAGGUCUGAAAAAAAUCAGCGGUUUCCAACUGCACUUUUACGGGGUGAAAGUGGAAUCGCCGUCGCAAACUAUCAGAGUCGAACAAAGUCAAAGCGACAGAAGCAAGAAGCCAUUUCAUCCAGUAACGGUCGAUUUAGGCGGCGAGCGUGUUACGAAAGUGACAGUCGGCCGUUUGCACUUUAGCGAGACGACGAGUAAUAAUAUGCGCAAGAAGGGAAAACCGAAUCCAGAUCAGAGGUAUUUUCACUUGGUCGUUGGACUGCACGCCCAUACCGCAGACCAAGCCAGUUAUCAAGUGGUGGCUCACGCGUCGGAACGUAUAAUUGUCAGGGCGAGUAAUCCGGGACAGUUUGAAUCGGAAGGCAGUGGCGUAGGUGCUGAAGGUGGAUGGCAGAGAGGUGCAGCCCCGGACAGCGUGUAUCAUGCCGGUAGAGUAGGAAUUAAUACGGACAGGCCGGACGAGGCUCUCGUUGUGCACGGCAAUAUGAAGGUUACAGGGCAUAUCGUUCAACCUAGCGACGCGAGAGCGAAGCAGAGCGUUCAAGAGGUGGAUACGCGUGAACAGCUUCGAAACGUCCAACAACUGCGCGUUGUUCGUUAUCGGUACGCGCCGGAAUUCGCGCAGCACUCUGGUCUGGAUGUCAAACAGGAGGAUACUGGCGUCAUAGCACAGGAAGUUCAGCAAAUUUUGCCGGAAGCGGUGCUGCCGGCCGGUGAUAUAGUUCUACCAAAUGGCCAGAGAAUCGAAAAUUUCUUAGUGGUGAAUAAAGAGAGGAUAUUUAUGGAGAACGUUGGCGCCGUCAAGGAAUUAUGUAAGGUGACAGAUAGUUUAGAAACCAGAAUAGAUCAGUUAGAGAGAAUAAAUAAACGACUGGCAAAGUUGAAAAGAGGGGAUAGUCUAAAGAGUUCCAUCAGCACGGUGUCUAGUAUAUCAGGCAACAAAUAUUCAUCUUCUAUCAAUAACAAUAAGUCAUCAUUGCACGGCAAGACGAAAAGGCUCGAAAGAGAGGAAGAGUUUCUCUGCAGUAAUAAAUUCAUUCAGAUUAUCAUUGUUAUACUUAUUCUCAUCAUGGCAUUUUGCCUAGUUGCAAUGGCAACUUUAUACUUCUUAGAGUACCAAAAACGCAGCAGCAUCGAAUGGUCCACCAUGGCUAGCAACGGAAUGCUGGCUAUCGGUCCAGCUCAUCCGCCGGCGUUAUCCACCACUUCGAAUUAUGAGCACCGAUAUAAUUCGUUGCUGCAUAGCACUCUAUCUCCUUUAUAUACUAAACGCGGAUCUUCUACAAGGGGAUCAGACGGAGCGUCCAUCAAAAGCAAUUCUCUCACCACGCCGACUCCGCACACGAAACAACAAGUGUAUACUCAGGAAAUAACGCGAUAUCCGAGCCAUCCAGGUCCCCAACCUAAACUUGAGAAAAACAAUGAAUUUCCGGGAAAUUGGCUCAGCAGAAACGGUGCAGGCGCUGUUCCCAGUAACGUGGACGAAAACGAUCAAGGCUCGGACGUAGAUUCUUCAUCCGCCAGCAAAGGUCCGGUUCCUAUAGGAAGACCCGAGGAAUGUCCUGCGCAUUUUAGCGAGCUCGAAAGCCCAUGUCAGGUAUAUUGCUGCACAACUGAAAUUCAUCAAUUGGAAGAUCUUCAACCCGAUCACCCACCAGAAAAGAAAUCAAUCUCAGACCACCUGGAGCAGCCAUUAAGCAUGCCGCAUGAAGAGACGAAAUUAAGCAAAGGUUUCCAAAAUGGCAUCAGUCCGUCCGAUCCCAGUACUCAGACUCUUGUGAAGGAGACCAAUUACAAGUAUUUGCAUAAACGGGCGAGGCGAGAAACUGGCGGUGGGGAUUGGGGCGAAGUCGCCAGCAACGCCGCAGGAUCGUUGCCACCGGAGCCUAGACCGCAAUUAUUCAUAGUAACGAAGAAGUUUAAUACCUCUUUAGAUCACAGAUACUGCUCGCCGUCAUCGCCGGACACACCCAACAACAUCAGCUGCAUUGUACCUUUAUCAAAACACAUGCCGGACAUGCAUUUAACAUUACAUUUUGUCGGCAUGCCGUGGUAUUGGCAGAUCGUAACACAAUGUCCCGUUUUGUCGAGCCCCGGCAUCGAUGAGACAAUAGUGUGCAGUUGGAACUAUGCUUUACCGCAACAAGCUCAAUAUAUCGAGAACAACCAACCGGGUGACCAGACAUUUUCUCUCGACGUCGCUCAUUACCUCAGGAAGACCUUAAAGUAUCGAAUACCCACGAUGCAACCUCAAGAGAAUAUUUGUAAAAGUAAACAUGGCGUUGACUAUUUGGAAUUUACAUUGCACUUUUAUCGAGACUGCGAGGAACAAUGAAUCUUUUUUUCCGGCAUAUACAGUGCAAUCUGGUGAGAAACUUAAUAUUAAGUUUCUAAUAAUCUAAAAAAAGUUGGAUUCUCCGCAAUUCCCUAUAAAGCCUCUGUGCCUUUGUAAUCUGUCCUCUGCUUUCGUAGUUUAUAGUACACUUGUAUUUUAUAUAUCAUUAUAAGCCCAGACAGAGCCGAGCCUAUCAGACAGAACAGAUUGUGCAGAGUGCUGCUACAAAUUUUAUCGGCGGAAUGCCAGCAGAAAUCUAACAGCAUCCGCUGAGACAGAAUACAGUAAUAGAUUGACGAUAGAAAUGAAAUUUAAAUGCUUACGAAACGACAGACAGCAUCUGUUAUCAAAAUCUGCCAUUAGAUUAUAUCAACAAACUCUGCUAGCAAAACUUAAGCUUAAUGCAGACACGUUGACGCCAAUAGGUUUCAAUAUUCGAUCGAAUUUACUGCUGGCAUACUGCUAAAUUUUGCUUACUGGGGCAUAGUAUAUUAUUUACUGAUAUAAAGGUAAAAAUAUAUAUGAUUUAUAACUCUAAUUAUAAUGUAACGCAUAUCGUAUCAUGCAAGAAAUUUCUCUAGGUAUUGUAUACGAAGAUACACAACGCAAUUAUCUUACUCAUUACAGAGUCGAUAGCAAUAAUGACAAACCAGCAACUGAGUAGUGUUUGAUGGGUGCACCAUUUUUCACUGUGUUUGCAUAUAGAAUUGCGUGUUUUCACAAUAUAUCUCAGAAUAGUAACUUGUUUUAAUUACACAUAUUUAAUUUUAUGGAAGCUGUCCGUAAAAUUAAAUAUAUAUUACAUUUGGAAAUUGUCCAAAAAAUUAAGUCAGAAAAGAUAUAUUACUAUCAUGUGCAUUACGAAAUGUAUAUACUGUUUAAAUAUCAGUUUUACACCCAUUGAUUGAUGUAGAUACACAUAUAUAUUGUAUAUAUAUUUGUAUCUACCAUAUAUCUUCUAAUUUAUUAUAUUAAUAGUUUCCUACGAGAGAAACUUAUACUCAAGAUCCAGCCGUUUUGUGAACGUAUAUUUCUACACGUACAGCAUAUUGAAUUAUGCUUAGCAUAUUCAACAUAAAUCUUUUACGUAGUCGACAUUUACUUUUUGAUACUGAUUUACAGAAGUAGUCUUAUUGUAUAAAACGUAAUAUUUGAAAUUACUAAUUGCUAACGACAUUUCAGACGCUUGCAAAGCUGAAUAAGCUUAUUAUCCACGGUAUAUCACGUAAAAAUCAUAUUAUUUAAGUUGUAAAAAGUCAUAUACGUCUGCUAUAUAAUUAACUUUAUUUCACAAUUAUGUACAAACACAAAUUGAAUGUUUAAUAUGUUAUGAUAUGUUAUAUAAUAUUGUUAUUCAAAUAAGGAACGAGAGAUUUACCGUUGAUUUUUAAUAAAUUAUUUUUAGGUUAAAUAUUUCUUUUUCAUGGUAUAUAUUGUAAUAGAGAUUAUCGAGGCAACUAAUUAUUUUAAUACUUUUGUUUGCAAUGCUAUUUGUUUAUAUUAAACAAUAUUAUAGAGUUGCGAGUUCCUAAAAACUAUUGUACAGUAAAUCUUUAAUGCAUAAUAGAAUUAUUAUACAUAUAUUGCACAUAUUUUGCCACAUUUAUGCUAAAAAAAUGCUAUACGCAUGAAUAGCUAAAGAACAAUUAUUAGAAAAUAUUUAUUCCUGAUUAUAUUUGCGUGCUAAUUUUAAUUUCGUAUAGAAAGAAAGAAAAAGAGC